UUAGUCGCCUCAGGUUACCCGUUGGGUUAGAAUAACGCUUUACGAGGACGUGCACUAGAGGCCGAUUUUUCCCUCGGGCAAUCGGAAGCCAUUUUCUUUUUGCCUCUCCCUUCUACAGUAAGGAAAUGCUCUACGAGAAAAUGGCCGCCAGCAGACACCCUGUAUCUUAGCCUUUAGUUUUGCUGCUCUGCUCGCUGUCAUUUUUUAGUGCAGACUCUGGAUAGGAGACGGAGAGAUACACCAUGGCGGAGGCGGCAGUACCGGACGUGUCCACACUGUUCAAGCGGGAGCCCUGCGGCAUGACGUACCGGAUCCCGGCCCUCAUCUACAUCGAGCAUCCCUCCAUGUUUUUGGCGUUUGCAGAGAAGCGGUUGUCGCCCCGGGAUCAGGACGCUCUGUGCCUGGUGAUGAGGAGAGGAGUGGAGGCUCAUGGGACUCUGCGGUGGGAAAACAUGAUUACCUUGAAACAAGCCAAGCUACUGGACCACCGUACCAUGAACCCGUGCCCGGUGUACGACAAGCACACCAGAACCGUCUUCCUUUUCUUCAUCUGCGUCCGGAGAAACUGCUCAGAAAUGAGGCAGAUCAUUACCGGCAUAAACGCUGCCCGAAUCUGCUACGUCACCAGCACCGACUACGGCAAAUCCUGGAACUCCCUAGUGGACGUAACGGAGGACGUUCUGGGCAAGGAGCUGGAGAACUGUGCCACCGUGGCUGUUGGGCCUGGUCACGGAAUCCAGUCCCUAUCGGGAAAGCUGAUAGUGCCGGCCUACCUCUACUACAUCCACUCCCGUGUCUGCGGUCUACCCAUUCCAUGGAAAACCAAGCCUCACUCUUUCAUCUUCUACAGUGAUGACCAUGGUAAAAGAUGGCACAGGGGGUGCACCAUUUGGCAACGGCAGACUGGCGAGUGCGAGGUGGCAUAUGUGUCCUGCUGCAACGGUCCUGACAUGUUGUAUUGCAGCGCCCGGACAAAAAAGCACUACCGGGUAGAAGCUACCAGUAGCGACCAGGCCAAGGGGUUUGACAGUUCUGAUCUGUGCAGGAACCUUUGUGAACCACCCCAUGGGUGCCAGGGAAGUGUGGUGAGCUACCAGCCCUUAGAGAGCCACCAAGAGGCAGAUGACCUGGAUGCUAAGUCUUGGCUGCUCUACUCCCACCCAACGAGCAAAUAUGAAAGGGUUGACUUAGGGAUCUACCUAAACAAAUCCCCACUGAAACCCACUGGAUGGAACCAACCGUGGAUCAUUAACCAGGGCCCCAGCGGGUACUCCGACCUAGCCGUCUGCCAGGGCACACAUGCAUUUGGAUGCCUCUUCGAGUGUGGCGUAGACGCUUGUGAAAACAUCGUCUUUCGAAGGUUCACCGUAGAGGAGCUGUUGGAAAAUUUGUCAAAACGUUAAUCGGUUUCUUGUUACAACCUCCAAUAAAUGUUUGGAAACAA